UUCCGGUCCCGCUGCCCUCAGCGAAGAUGGCGACGGUGGAGAAGCGGCGGCUGGCGGUAUCCCAGGCGGCCGGUUUCACAGACAGCGGCCGGCCGGGGGCGUCUCGAACGGCGGCGAUGACCGAGAGUGAGGAGGACUUCCUGCGGCAGGUCGGGGUGACGGAGAUGCUGCGCACGGCCCUGCUGAAAGUGCUGGAGGCGCGACCCGAGGAGCCUAUCGCCUUCCUGGCGCACUACUUCGAGAACAUGGGCCUGCGCUCGCCUACAAACGGCGGCGCCGGGGAGCCAGCGGGCCAGCUCCUGCUGCAGCAGCAGCGACUGGGCCGCGCGCUGUGGCACCUUCGCCUGGCUCACCACUCCCAGAGGACAGCCUUCAACAACAAUGUCGGCGUGGCCUACGAGUGCCUGAGCGCCAGCGGGCGCAAGAAGAAGCCGGGGCUGGACGGGCGCACGUACAGCGAGCUGCUGAAGCGCAUCUGCCGGGACGGGGAGGCCCCUGAGGAGGUCGUGGCGCCCCUGCUGCGCAAGAUCCAGUGCCGAGACCACGAGGCUGUGCCGCUGGCCGUCUUCCGCGCGGGGAUGCUCACCUGCGCCGGCUCGCGCCUGGGGCCCGACAGCCUGGCACUGGCCAUGGACCGCGCCCUGGUGGCCCGGCGGCCCAGCGUCCCCAUGACCCGGGAGGAGUUCCUGGAGAAGGCCGCCGCCCUCUUCAUUGCCAAGGUCAAGCCGGUGGGCUGAGCCCUUCCCUCGGCUGCUGCCACCUGCGCCCAGAGCUGGGGCCCUGAAGGUCCGGCUGGCCUGCUCCCGGCUGGAACAUAGUCCGGGGCCAGGACUGGGAUGUCCCUGCAUGCCAGCGGGCUAGGGGGAGCCCCCCCACCAGCUUCCGACCUGAAAUGAUGUCCCAUCCCCCUUCAGGCGGAGGCCAAAGCUCCCUCUCCGGACUCCCACCAAGGCCCCUCUCAUCCACAGAAAUAAAGUCUGUUACCGAGGCUGA